AGCCAACAGUUUCGUUUCAUUUCAGUUGUUGGCAAUGGCAAAUUAGCAUGAUAGCUUAGCUCUCCUAAUUUCUGUUCUAUUAUCUUCUCUUCUGUCAACUGUAAUAAAAGCUACAAUUAUCAAAAAUAUUAUGUAACCUAUUUAUUGAAUAGUUUUGUUGUUUAAUCAUCCCAUUACAUGCUUCAAAAAUAUCACAAUCGAAUUGUAGAUGUUGACGCUACUACCGGUAGCAAUCCUUCAUAACUUAUUUUUUAACUUCAUUUGAUUCAAGGACAAACAUACAAAGUUUGAAUAGGAACGCUCUUGAUGAAUGAUUGCAACUAAUCAUUCUUUUAUCUCAAGACGUUUGUACGUUGACCAAUUCACUUUUAUCUUUGCUCUUGAGCUGCUAACACUUCUUACUGUGCAGUUGUCUAGCAACCAGGAACUUAACACGAUAUUAAUCAAUAGAAUAAUAAGUUAUCUAUUAAUAUGGAAGAUAAGCAGAAGAAGUUGGAUCUUGUACGUGACUCGAUUGGCUCGUAUCCAGAUUUUCCAAAGCCAGGAAUUUUAUUCAGAGAUAUAUUUGGUGUGUUGCGAAAUCCUAAAGCGUCGGAGUGCUUAUUUGAGUUGAUACUAGAAGAAGUGAAGAAGCUGCCUUCAAUUGACAUAGUUGUUGGCCUCGACUCGAGAGGCUUUCUGUUCGGACCUGUCAUUGCUUUGAAAUUGGGCAUUCCAUUUGUCCCUGUGAGGAAAAGGGGAAAAUUACCUGGCAAGGUGCAGCAAGUAGCGUUCGUUUUGGAGUAUGGCCAAGAUGUCCUAGAACUACAAGAAGAUAGCAUAAAACCAGGCCAAAAGAUACUUGUUGUCGAUGAUUUGCUAGCGACUGGAGGAACUAUGGAAGCAAGUUGCAAACUCAUUUCACAAGUUGGAGGAGAAUUGGUGGGGUGCCUUGCAAUAAUAGAGUUGAUUGAUCUACAGGGAAGAAAAAAACUGAAUGCUCCUGUAACCUCCAUAAUACAAUAUUAGUGCAAAUGCAAACAAGAGGGCUUCUAAAAGGAGGUCGUCUAACUCAUCAAAUCUAUUCAAAGAACGUCUAUUGGGUUCAUAGAACACUCACUAUUGGGACCAAUUUCUUACAGUUCGUUUGUGAUUUAUACAUUCCAUUUUUUUUUCUAUUUUUAAUACGUACCUAGUAAACAUUUUUCAAUUGCCACCAAUAAUGAACAUUCCAAAUAAUGUUACAUUUUUUAACCAAUUUUAUAGAAUUAUAGUUGUUUUUAAGUUAUAGUUUUACUCCAAUUUGGGCUCAACUCCAUACUUAUAUUAUCUCAUUUCUAUUAGGUAAAUUAUUAUAGAAUCAAAUGUAGGUAGGCUUAUAAACUUAUUCAUCAUUUCAACAAUUUGAAUAAGAAAUAAGUUUUAAUAAUGCAACUUUAUUUCAACUGAAACCAAACAGUAUUUAAGGCAAAUUAAACAUUCUUUUCAAUAUAGUAUCGAAUAUUCCUUGAAUUUAUCAAUAGCUUUACGAAAUUGAGUAACUUUGAAAAUAUUUCCGUUGAUUUAUUUUUUGAAAUAGUAUAAUUGACUGACUAUCCUUAAUUUUGUGUAAAAUACAAGACAUAUUGUCAAUUGUUCCAUCUGUAUACCGAAUGAAGUUUAUAGAAUGCAUAAUAAAUACAUUGUUUUCAUUCAGUUGUUAAUUGAAUUUUUGAGAAUGUUACUAAAUGUGUGUUAAUUAUAAUGUUUAUUGAACUGCUUUAAUAGCUAUAAACAAGUUUCCUAGUAGUAAGUAAUAAAAUGGUAGAAGGAAGAGAACAUGAA